AUGCAUUUCGCUCUUGCCGCCUUGGCCGCCCUGUUCGGCCAGACCCUGGCGUCGACCCUAACCGACAGCGACACACCUACCAACUCAUCCGCGCUGGAACGCCGUCACAUUGAGAUGGUCUAUCCAAACCAGAGGAACUUUGACAAUCAAGAAUGGGGACACUUCAACCCGCUUGCCCCCGACGGUUCCAAUUACCCUUGCCGUCCCCGCAAAGGCCUGCAGCUUAAAGUCAAAGGUAGCCCCACCCAAUUUACCGCUGGAGUAAAGUUUGAGGUCAAGUUUGCGGGCGAGGAGGGCAAAGGGGCCGUCCACGGUGGCGGCUCUUGCCAAUUCUCACUCUCCAAAGGCCACUCGCCGAACAAGGACACUAGGUUUUAUGUCAUUAAAUCCAUCGAAGGCGGAUGUCCCAAGAGAAACUCGGAUGGCAACCUGAAACCUGGCGAGGAGCCCGACAAGUACGAUGUCGAGAUUCCACCACAGUUUGAACCUGGCGACUGGGUAUUCGCCUGGACUUGGAUCAACCGCAUCGGCGGUGAACCCGAGUAUUACAUGAACUGCUCGCCCAUCAGGAUUGUUGCUGGGGCUGAAAAGUCCAGCUUGCAGCGUCGCAGGGAACAGGGUUCGCCCAAGGACAAAGAGGCUGCUCCCGAGGUGAAGCAGCCCGGUACCGAAGAUAAAGAGCCUGGAUCCAAGGGGAAAGAACAGGGGGCAAAGGAAAAGGAUAUCGCUCCCAAAGAGACCAAGAAACCCAGCCCUAGCGGAAAGGAGCUUGGCGGCAUCGACCAAUACCCUGGCGUCUUUAUGGCCAAUCUUGGCCAAGUGAGCGGGGGCUGCACCACCACCGAGGCCUUGAGGGCGCGCAAAGCCAUCCUUUAUCCUCACCCGGGUAGCAUUGUCGAACGAGGCAACGGUGAUGCCGACCCGAACCUGAUCAAGCAGCCAUGCGACGGCAACCCUCACAACAAGAAUAGGUAA